GUGAUUUUUGUUAAGGACAUAAUGUGUUUGACUGAGGAUCCUGUGCGACCGAUGUAAAUAUUAAUGCCCAAAUAGGAAGCUAGAGUAAAUGUAGUGCUGUAGGAGUAGAAUUUAUUUCGUAUUACAAAUGUGUCGUGACGUAAUUUUUACGGCUUGGCUCAAGCAGUACUUUUCAGAAUGCAUCCUCACUGACGCCACUCACAGGGACGUGGAUGUGCUUUUACUGCUUUCCAACGCUGCCUACUACGUGGCCUAUUAUGAUGAUGAAGUUGAUAAAGUAAAUCAAUAUCAACGACUAAGUCUAGAGGAUCUGGAAAAAAUAGAAAUAGGUCCUGAACCCACUCUUUUUGGUAAGCCGAAGUUCUCCUGCAUGCGACUGCACUACAGAUAUAAAGGAGCAAGUGGUUAUUUCCACACACUGAGGGCAGUGAUGCGCAAUCCAGAAGAAGAUGGAAAAGAUACCCUUCAGUGCAUUGCAGAGAUGCUACAGAUCACCAAGCAAGCCAUGGGACUAGAUGUACCGAUAACUGAGAAGAAACUUGAGAGGAAGAGCAGUAAACCUCAUGAAGACAUCAUGGGUAUCAGAUCUCAGAACCAAGGCUCUCUGGCCCAGGGGAAAAAAUUUUUACUGAGCAAAUUUUCAUCUCUAAAUCAAAAAGUAAAGCAGACUAAAUCCAAUGUAAAUAUUGGCAACCUACGAAAGUUAGGAAACUUUACUAAGCCUGAAAUGAAAGUGAACUUUCUAAAACCAAACUUAAAAGUCAAUCUUUGGAAAUCAGAUAGUAGUCUUGAGACUAUGGAAAGCUCAGGGGUGAUGGAAAAUAAGGUCCAGGCAGAAUCUGAUGGGGACAUUUCUUCAGAUAAUGACUCCUACCAUUCUGAUGAAUUCCUUACAAAUUCCAAGUCUGAUGAAGACAGGCAGCUCGCUAAUUCUUUAGAGAGUGUAGGGCCGAUAGACUAUGUUCUUCCUAGUUGUGGUAUUAUUGCUUCGGCACCUCGAUUGGGCGGUCGGUCCCAGUCUAUUGGCAGCACUGAUGUGAGCAUUCAUGCUCCCACAGAGAUUCCUUGUGAUCAUGAAGGUGCACUUGGGAAAGGCCAGGAGUCUCCUUUGAAGAAAAGUCCCUCUGCUGACAACAUACGCCUCUUGGCUGGUUUUGCGAAACCUAUGGAUAUUUACUGCCACAGAUUUGUGCAAGACGCACAAAACAAAAUGAUGGAGCUGUCAGAGAGCAGCUCUGUGUCUCAGCGAGCUAGAGAGGAAGGAAACCAGAUGACCAACCAAGUUUCUAAAGAAGAAUCCCAACCAGAAUCAACAGAACAGACCCCUUCCCGACCAUCGCAAUUAGAUGUGUCUUUUUCUGGGACUGGCACACAGUUUUUGUCAGUUGAACCAGUGCAUGCAGUUGUAGCUCAAAAGACACCCAGCUCCAGUUCCAGCAUGCUGGAACUCGAGGCAGGGCUUCAUGUAACUCCUUCUCCUUCAGAGAGCAGUAGCAGCAGAGCAGUCUCUCCCUUUGCAAAAAUUCGAAGCUCUAUGGUGCAGGUUGCCAGUAUUACUCAGGCUGGCCUAACCCAUGGGAUCAACUUGGCAGUGGCAAAAGUUCAGAAGAGUCCUGCAGAACCGGAGAUGGUUAAUGAAAUCCAGCAGAAUGAACUUAAAAACAUGUUUACACAAUGCCAGACACGAAUAAUUCAGAUUUAGGUUUUAGCUACCAAAAACAAUCCCAUGGUUUUUAUUUGUGAAUUUAGGACGUGUUUCAUUUCAUGUAUUAAGCUAAUUUAGCUUGUACUAUCUGGAUCUAGGAUUCACAAAUUUUAAUUAUGCUUAUUAGUGUUUAAGAGGAGUCUGAAUCUGAGCAGACUUCCAGAUUCCUCUGUAAGGCCAUCCUCCUAAUUGGGUACACCUGACUAGCUUAUCCACUGCGGAUUAGUUGGGUCUGCUGAAGGAUUUCAGGUACAGGUCACUUGGACGGAACCUGAGGGGGGAUUUGGGAGGGUAUCGAUGGUUAGUCAGUGAAAUAGAUACCAUCUGGGUCUGAGCCCACUCAUGAGGUUAGCAUUUUUCUAUGUGUCCAUUUCCCUAGAGAUACAUUUAGUUUUUAGUGACUUAUAAAUGUUUGUUGCUGGUAAUGUAGAAGCAUCUGAAAGUUUAUUGAGGAUUAACACUACAGUCAAAUGUAUUCUCAUUUGAUCCUAAUUUUCCUCAUACUCUACUCGAACAGUAUAUUCUGCCACCCCUAAAUCCAGGAGCACUGACUUGCCAGUCAUACAGCGAAACAGGCACAUUAUAUGUGAACUGCAGCAGCUGUUAAUCUUCAUUUUGCUCUGCUUUCAGGAACAUAAGAAUAUAUAUAUAUUGGCUCCUGGGAGUUCUAGAAGGAAGUCUUCAAGUUUCAACUUUUUUCCCAGGGGGUAUUCUUCAACAUUUUGUGCAGACUAACACAACUAUUGAAAAUUUAGUCUAAAGCACAACUGCUAAAACUGGUUUUUCUGAUGUUAACUGACCACACCAAUGCCGCCUCCUCUAGAACUACAAUAAGAGUCGCACGCCACAUUCCAGCAGGCAUUGGUUUCUCUGGUGUCUUAGAGCCUUACUCUGUGCGGUGAUUCUCAGCUGAACAUUAUGUCUGUUGUAACUUUGAUAAGCAUUCCACUUUUGUUAUUUAUUUGUGGUUUCAUUUUUUGAAGUGUCUAAUCUUGUGACUUAAAAUAAAGACCAUUGUAAUUAAAGCAACAAUGGGCAUGCAAAUUUCCUUGUAUAACAUUUAUAAAGGUUUGAUUUUAUGUAAAAGUUCAGAAAUGGUCAGUGUGUCAUAACAGAACACUUAUUCUGAGCUUUUCCAGUUACCUUAACCCUUUGAAGUGUUAAUGAAAUGAAUCACAAACCAAAUUCUGAAUCCCAAACAUUAAAAACUGAAUGCUUUA